CAAAAAGGGAAGGGAGGGAAUCAAUACCGGGAGGUUUAAGAUGGCGCCGUUGUGUGUGUCUCGCCGCUUACCUCUGCUGGGAUUAUUGUUGAUUUGUCUGUUUCUACUGUUUGUCACUCGAAAUGUGUCACCGCUGCUGGUGUAUGACCGCCUGACUCUCUUAAGUAUAUGUAAAUCUGCGGAGAAAGUGCCGUUCUCCGGCUCUGACGGUCAGUCAGGUACGCCGCCGCCCUUCCUGGCGUCCAUACCGGCCUAUCUACGCCGUCACCCCGAUUGUUGCGGAGCGGCAUCAUCAUAUAGAUUUGUGGCAGACAUGUACAGAGUUGAACUGCAGGACGUUACGAGCCUCCACCAUGGGGCCUCCAACCGCUCUCAGAUCAGAAGUCGGACAGGAAGACACCCAAAUAAGGCUCGAGGAAAUGAUGACGCCGCUGGAAGAUCUCCAUGUGACGGAAAGCCUUAAAAAAACUGAUCCGAGCUGUGACAUGUCUCCGGGUUUCCGGCCAUGGCGGCUGGCUGUGCUCCAUAUGCGCAGUUUACAGGCUGCAGUCCGACUAAAGACAACAGCCACCGACCCAGAUUGAAGUCUGGACUCUACCGGCUCUUUCACGCUCCAAAACCCGUAGCACAACGAGCUCAGAGAGCACCGGAGCGUCCGUGUGCACCCCGGUCUGCACGCUCACCGCUCUGACCAAAUAUGGGCUUCCUCCGUGCCAUAUUUAGGGAUGUACGUCACGCAGGAGAGUCUUUAAAAAGCCGAGAAUCCUCAUUGAAGAAACUGACAGACUCAAGUUCAAGUUGUCACCAGCAACACAUUAAAACACCAACCGGAAACAAACAUUUAGGCUAAUGCUAUUUACUCUUCCUGAUGACUCAUCACAAAGAUCCGAAAAUCAUCUUUUAAAAUAUAUUUUCUACGCGGGACCCCGGAGCUGACGACCCGGCGUUGGCUUCCAACGCCCUCAGCAGCAGCAGCAGCAGCAGCAGCAGCAGCAGCAGCGUCAGCCUGGUCAGAGCGCCUCUCCGCCGGGUUCAGGAGUUCAGGAACGGAGACAAGCUCGGUCCUUGCCGCAGGAACAGCACGCUGCUUCUCACUCUUCCUCUUCCAGAGAGAUGGCAGCGACCAAAGCAGAGAUGCUCCUGUCUGCUAUGCAGAUGUCCGACCCUCUGGCCGGUCUCCUGCCGCCCCUUUCUCCGCUCGACGGUUACUACUCGAAUCUGGAGGAGCUGCAGAUGCUGCUGCGGAACGCCGCGGCCGGAGGCUCGCUGCUGGCCGCGUCGGCAGCGGAGGGAGCCGAGCUGCUGAGCGGGGAGCUCGGGGAGUACGGAGACUCUCUGAAGGACCUGGACCUGCAGAGUCUGCCCCCGCUCACCCCCCGCUUCCCCCCUCUGGCCUACAGUGGUCGCUUCACCUUCGAGCCCUCCUCCUCCUCCAGCAGCAGCAGCCUGUGGGCGGAGCCUCUCCUCAGUCUGUUCACAGGGUUGGUCAGCGUUGGGGCUCCUCCCCCCGCCUGCAGCAUCCCUUCCUCUUCAUCAUCAUCAUCAUCAUCAUCGCUGUCCCAGCCAAGCUUCAGCUCCGUCCAGAUCAGCUGUGGCUCCGGUGACGUCCAGUCAGUCUUCUCCGCGACGCCGACGUACACUUCCGACGCCAGCUCUGACCUCCUCCUCCCCCCUGCUGACUCCCAGACCCUCGCCUUCCAGCCGCAAGGCCCCCCUCCUGCCUACCCUACCUCCAGGCUUGGCCCCCAGCCGUCCUCCCUCGCGGUGCCGAUGCUCCCGGACUACCUCCUGUCUCAGCAGCAGGACGGCGAGCUCGGCCUGAUCCAGGACCAGAAGCCGUUGCCGCCGUCGCAGAGCCUGAACCCGCUCACGCCGCUCUCCACCAUCAAAGCCUUCUCCUCGCAGAUGCAGACACAAUCUCAAUGCCCAGCCUUCCAGGCCCAGCCCACCGCCAAACCCAGCCGGAUCAGGAAGUGCCCCACAAGCCGGCCGUGCAAGACGCCGCCGCACGAACGCCCGUACGCCUGCCCCGCUGACAGCUGCGACCGCCGCUUCUCCCGCUCCGACGAGCUGACGCGCCACGUGCGUGUGCACACGGGCCAGAGGCCGUUCCAGUGCCGCAUCUGCAUGCGCAGCUUCAGCCGCAGCGACCACCUGACGACGCACAUCCGCACGCACACUGGCGAGAAGCCGUUCGCCUGCACCGAGUGCGGACGCAAGUUCGCCCGCAGCGACGAGCGCAAGAGGCACGCCAAGAUCCACCAGAGGCAGCGGGAACGCAAGAAUUCCUCCUCCUCUGCUCCCAUCCCCAUCACCAUCACCAGGCCCCACGCCUACUCCUCCCCUCCCACCUCCUCCCCCUGCUCCUCCUACUCCUCCCCCGCUCACAGUUCCCCCUCCCCCGCUGCCUCCGUCUUCUCCACCUCCUCCUUCUCCUCCUGCUUCACCUCCUCUUCAUCACUGUCACACGUCUGCGCCUCCUCAACGUCCCCGCACCUCUAUUCCUCCUCUUGCUCCUCUCCGAUGGGAAGUCCUCAGUCGGAGCUCCCCUCCCCCCAUGGCUCCAACAUCUGCUGACAGACGAGGGAGUCCACCUGCCCCAUCGUGACCUUUGACCUCAGUCCCAAACUCUGCCUUUAACGAAAAACGGACAUAUCUGACCGUCCACAGACAUUUUUGUGUUCGUCCAGUGGUUACGAGGUCAAAGGUCAACAUGUGUCUGUGAGAUGUUGAGUUAAAAAUGAUGUGUUGGACUUUAACCUUCAGCAGAAAAUACAAACUGAGUUUACAAAAAAUUCUCAGGACCAAACUUCAUAGGGAAAACGGCUGAGUUUAAGAGACUUCAAAUUCCCUGAAUGUAUAGACACUGUCAUUGAUGUAUGACUGUAAAUAUGAGUACUUUUGUAGCGUGCAUAAUGUUUACAUCUAGUAUUUACCUACUGAGUAGGUUCUGGGACGUUUGUAUUUUUACAUGCAGGUCAUUGUUUGAUUUUAUACUGAACGUCUUUCCUCUAGCAAAGAGUGACAAGAAUAAAAGGUCAAAAUAC